UCUGAUUCGGCUAUUGUAUAAUUCGCGAAUUGCGAUUCGAAAUCGGAAAAAUUCGAUAAACAGUGUUGAUUCGUAAAAACGUAAUAUACUCAAAGACAGGAGACAUAAAUAAAUUCUAGCUUUUAUAGCGUUAUAAAGUUAUAACGUAAGCUGCAAUUUUCUUUCGAGUUUGGGAAUUAGAAGGUUAUUCUGAUCAGAAUGUCUUUCGAACAUGAAGGCAGCAUGGAUAAAGAACUGACAAAUGUUAUGUUAAAUGAACAAGAUAAUUUAGAAAUGUAUAUUUUGCAAACUGUGAUGGAUAGAGAGACGACGAUGGCUGUAGAUACUUUGUGUCUGCAGAUGCAGGAUAAUUUGAGUGAUGAAGACGAAUCGGAUGAUUCAAUAAGUCAAUGCAGUCAAGUUUCUAAACAAAGCAUGGGUAAAACUCAACCAAGAAAAAUAAUCAAUAAAGGAAGAUGGUCAAAAGAGGAGGAUGAAAAGUUGAAGCAUUUAGUAGAAAUACAUGGAUCCUCAGAUUGGAUAACGAUAUCUGGUUAUUUUGCGGAUAGAACCGAAGUGCAGUGUCAACAGAGAUGGCAAAAAGUCGUCAAUCCCGAUUUGGUCAAAGGACCAUGGACUAAAGAGGAAGAUGAAAUGGUUAUGGAUUUAGUAAAAAAAUAUGGUCCAAAAAAAUGGACUCUAAUAGCUAAGCAUUUAAAAGGAAGAAUAGGAAAACAGUGCCGGGAAAGAUGGCAUAAUCAUCUAAAUCCUUCAAUCAAAAAAACUGCUUGGACACAAGAAGAGGAGUCUAUAAUCUGUCAAGCUCAUAAACAAUGGGGAAAUCAGUGGGCUAAAAUUUCUAAAUUAUUGCAAGGCAGAACAGAUAAUGCAAUUAAAAAUCACUGGAAUUCAACUUUAAAAAAGAGGUUAGAAAAUGAAGUGGAGGAGUAUACAAAAAGAAGAAAAAGUUCUCAGUGCCCAACUAUUAUUACUUCUGAAAGUAAUAAAAUGGAUUUCUUAAAACAGGAUGAGCAAUUAAAACAAGAAACACAAUCAAUAAAGUCAGACUGUAGAUAUAAAAACAAUGACCUUUAUCAUUUGACAUCACCUUCAAUUUCAACAUCUGUAGAUUAUUGGCAACAAAAUUCAUUUGUAGAAAAUCAUCAUGGUGCCUUAAAUGUUGAGACUGAUUCUGUUGAUCUGAAUUUUAUGCUUUCACCAUUCAAAGAUGUAAAAUCUGAAGAUGAUAUUGCUAGGUCUAAUUUGGAAACCCUUGCUUUUGUUAGUAGCUUAAAUAAUUUUUCUUCUAAUCCUGUAACUCCUGUUAAUGAAACAAAAUUCACAAGCAUUCAGAAAAAGCAAGCAAUUGAAUAUGAUGUAAUUCAUCAUAAUCAGAAUUUAUAUAAAAUUGAAGAUUCAAUAUCAUCUCAUUCUUCAUGUUUGUUACCUAAACAAAGAACUCCUUCAAUUCUUCGACGCAGUAAGAAGAAAAAGACUCUAGAAAGUUUAGAAACAAGUUCUAAUUUUAACGAAGCUGAACGUCUUCAAUUUGCUGAUAGUUCUAGAGCAUCAUUGAAUUUUAAUCAAAUAAUUGAAAAUAAAUCAACAGAAAAUAAAACAGAUGAAAUACAUAUGAUUCCAUUUAAUUAUCGAGCAAUGCCAAAUAAUACAGCUGUUUCUAAAGAAACUGAACUUCCUCAUUUUCAGUCAUUUCUUGUUUCAACAUCUCAAUUUGUUACAGAAUCUGGUCAAAUGAUAGUUUCUAAUAGUAGUUUACCUAUCACUAAUACAACUGCAGUUUUCACAAAUUUAAUUUCAACUCCUUCGUUGUCAAGUGAUCUACCUCGUCCUCCUCCUCUACCAUUUAUUUCACCAUCUGAAAAGGAGACACCCUUUAAAGAUAUGCCUUUUUCACCUUCUCAGUUUUUAAACAGUCCUUUAAUGACAUGUGCUACAUCUACUCCCAUCUCACCUUCAACUAAAUCUGGUCCUUUACAUGAUUUUAAUCCUGUAACUUCAGAUUCAUUAGGAAGCAUGUUUCUAACGCCUAAGUACAGGAAGUAUGUUUUUGAAGGUGUCCCUCGAACACCAACACCAUUCAAAGAUGCAUUAGCUGAAAUGGAAUUAAAAGUUGGACCAUUGAAACAUGUGCCUCAGACACCUACAACUCAUUUUGAUGAUAUCGAUGAAAUUAUCGAACAAGACAGCAAUCAAAGUAUAGAAAAAAAUUCAUAUAAUCCUGAUAUUUUAUCUGUCAAUUAUUCUACUGAUUACUGCAAUGUAUCCAGUAUUGAGAAUGGAUUUAUAUCAACAGAUAAACGCAGAUCAAAUAAAGAGAAUGUUUCUCCGGUAAAACGGGUUCGCAAAUCCCUUCAUCAGACAUGGUCUGUUUCUGGAGAGAUGACAUACUCUGGUUAUACCAGUUCCUGUAUUCCAGAACCAAUUGUAAAUACAGAAUCAUCAGUGAGUUCUGAAUUCCAUUGUUUAUAUGCUUACCCUGUACAAUGUACAGAAGGAUACUAAUUGAUUGUUUUAAAAUGUAGGCAUAUUUAUGUAUUUAAGACUAGUCAGCAGUCCCAUUCGAAAUGUGUGGCAGUUAAAGAAAAUUUUAUAAGAGUUUAUCAUAUUGUAUAAAUUAAAUAUAUAUUG